AUCCUCUCUAGACUGCAAAGCAAAUGGUCCUGGCAAAGAGUCCUGCUUUCGGAGAGAGACUUUUAACGCUGCACUAAAGCUGAGGGGGGAUAAACACUCGUCGCUGGAAUAAGCCAGAGCCCCCGGGCACUCGCCGUGGAUUUAAACGGGAACUUUUGCGAUGGCUCUGAAAACGAUAAAGUAGUACGUGAAACCGCACGCAAACCCGCCGCCGCCAACAGAUCGUCAACUGCAAAAGCAACUCCUCGCAGAUGCACGGCCGCUGCUGAAAAAUAUGCUCCAGCCGAGCCGCUUCAACCCCGGCUUCAUUAGCAAAUACCGUACAGUGUUGUAACCACUUUCGCGAGACAUUCUCCGGCUUCUGUUUGCUUCUGUUUUUUUUGUUUGUGUGUCCCCCCCCACCGCCCGCUCCUUACCCGCAAAGUCCCAGCUAUUCCAGGUCCCCCCCUACCCACCUGCGAGAGAGAAUUAUGGCAGGGAAGAUGACAGCAGCGCAAGGGACAGGAAUACUGCUAGUGACAGCCAACGUUGGAUCUCUGUUCGAGGAUCCUGAAAAUCUACAGAAGAUAUGGCUGAGGGAGUUUUACCAGACGGUACAGUCACACAAGCCACACUUCUUGGCGGUGCACUGUCAGGAGGUGGGUGGGAAGAACUACGAGGCAUCCAUGUCACAUGUGGACAGUUUUGUCAAAGAGCUGUUGUCCAGCGACGCCAUGAGGGAGUACAGCAGAGCCCGCGUCUACCUUGAUGAGAACUACAAAUCCCAGGAGCAUUUCACGGCUCUCGGAAGUUUCUACUUCAUCCACGAGUCUUUGAAAAACAUCCACCAAUUUGAUUUCAAAGCCAAGAAAUUCAAGAAGGUCGUGGGGAAGGAGACCUACUCGGAGACACUGGAGAGCACACCCUCGCUGGAGAAGGAAAAGUUUCCACAGGACUACUUUCCUGAGUGCAAGUGGUCCAGAAAGGGAUUCAUCAGGACUCGAUGGGCCCUGGCUGACUGUGCCUUUGAUCUGGUCAACAUCCACCUUUUCCACGAUGCUUCCAACUUGGUGGCCUGGGAGAAAAGCCCCUCUGUCUACUCUGGGACCAGGCAGAAGGCACUGGGCUAUGCUUUAGACAGGAUCACGGACCAGCGGCAUGAGAAGCUGCCAUAUUUCGUCUUUGGGGACUUUAACUUCAGGCUGGACUCGAAGCAGGUCAUUGAGAGUCUCUGCUCCACUGCCGCCAUGCAGACAGUCAGAGCCGCCGACACCAAUGAAGUCGACAAGCUAAUAUUCCGAGAGAGUGACAAUGACCGAAAGGUUGUUCUUCAACUUGAAAAGAAGCUUUUUAAUUAUGUCUACCAGGACGUUUUCCGGGAAAACAAUGGGACCUCGCUUUUACAGUACGACAAAGAGCUGUCAGUGUUCAAAGAUCGGCUGCAUGAACUGGAGAUCUCCUUCCCACCCAGUUAUCCGUACAGUGAAGACAGCAGUCAGGGGAAGCAGUACAUGAACACCAGAUGCCCCGCCUGGUGUGACCGAAUCCUCUUGUCUCCCUCCGCCAGAGAGCUGGUCUUGAAGCCUGAAAACGAGGAGAAGUCUAUAGUGUAUGAUAACAUCGGGCCCAACGUCUGCAUGGGGGAUCACAAGCCCGUCUUCCUGUCCUUCCGAAUAACAGCGGGGGCAGGUAAACCUAAUGCAAAUAAGCACAAGUGUUGUGUGGUGCAGUGAUGUCGUGGGAAGUGUUGCCAAAAGGGGGAGAAGAUAUUCAUUCCGUGAAGCGCCUCUGUGAGAGACAGGACACCAACACACACACACACACACACACACACACACACGCACACACGCACACACACGCACAUACACUCACUCACAGACGCACACACACACGCACGCACGCACACACACACACGUACAAGCAUACACUGAAGAACCUAGACAAAGUUUUUCGGCAGUGCUGACCAGUUGCAGUUGUCCUGACACCUCAUCUGUAAGAAAACCGUUUUCACUCUCCAUAAAACACUAGUUGAGAUGUGGACGAGCACCCGAGGGCCCCGGCUCCAGACAAGACACACAUCGCUGACCUCACUGUUGCCAUGCAACCUAAUUCCCUAGAGAAGAAGAAAGAAAAGGAGAGACGAAAAAAAGGAGGGACGACCCUUUUCCAUGCCACACAACCUCAUUGCCAAAACUCUAAUUGAAAUCAGUCCUACUACAUUCUUUUAGACACCAUACUUGCCAUUUUUAGGUCUGCCUCUGUGUAUAGAAGCUACUUUCCACACAGUGUGUAAGGUGUUUUAAGAAAAGUGUAAUGCAAAAAGAAAAAGCACAAAAAAAGAGUUGUAUAUCUAUAUUGUUAGGUUUAUUUGUACAUUGGAUAGUAUAACAUAGAAUUGUUAAUGGUUUUAGUGCCGUUCUCUUUAUACGACCAAACUUUGUGGUCCUUAUUAGUCAGAAUAAACAGAGCUUCUUCUGUUCAU